UGUUUUCCCCACCCCAUUUUGGUUUUCUCAGGUUAUUGACUUAUUGUUAAUCUUCCCAGACUGCUAGCUAUAUAAUGCAUCCAUGGGGAUAGAGGGACAAGUCUGGCGCAGAUGUGAACAACAACUCACGCUCACUACCAUCGAGUCUACGAACAGACGAUUCAUCUAUCUUCAAGCCCUAGCUUCUGCAAGGGCUCUCAUCGUUAACCCGUCAACAUCCGUUGAGACAAUUUCUCAUAUUCUUGAAAACUUAGUCCGAUCUCUGCAACUCAAGUGUGACCAUUUCCUGCUCCCUCACAUAUAUAAACUCCUCUCAGAUAUUGCCCUCCAUCACCAGCAUCUCUCACAUACCAUAACUGACAUCAUCAUUCCUUACACAGUGGUGGAAAAAAAUGCAUCUAAACUUACUGCCCGAGUCCUCUCUGUGCUUUUUACAAUUGCAGAAUCAGACGGAAACUUGUUAUCCACCAAAUUGGAGCUUGGAGAGGACCUAGCUCUCUCGUUCUCUUUCAGUCCUUCUGUUACUGUUAGGUUGUGGUUUCUCUUCAAUGUUGACAGGUUUCACAUUCAUCCACAUCUCCUGGUUACUUUAUUGCUUGGCUUUAUGAAGGACCCCUACCCAUAUGUGAGGAGAGCUGCAUUGUGUGUAUUAGCCAGUCUAAGCAAGUACACAGAUGUUGAGGGACAUGGCUUGAUCGCAGAAUGCUAUGAUGGUGCAGUUGAGCUUUUUCUCGAUGAAUAUGAGUGCGUAAGGUCGGCUGCCGUUCGUGUGGUCAGUAAGUUGGGGGAAAUUUUAAUUGCACCUGGCAGUGAUGUGGAUAGCACAGAUUGGUUCGAUAUUGUAUUUAUUCAGCUUUGCUCGAUGGUAAGAGAUAUGAGUAUGGAGGUCAGAAAUGAAGUUUUUGUUGCUCUUGGGAAAAUGAGGUUUAUAUCUGAAGAUUUACUGCUACAGACUCUAUCAAAAAAAGUUCUUAUAGCUACAAAAGAAAAGAAAGUUGGUCAGCGCAGCACAAAACAAUAUGAACUACCAGUAUCAGGUGCUGCUGGUGCAUUUGUACAUGGGCUUGAGGAUGAAUUCUGUAAGGUGCGGAGCUCGGCCUGCAAUUCUUUGGGAGUGCUUACUGUCUUCUCUGACCAAUUUGCCAGUAAUGCCUUGACUUUGCUGAUGGACAUGCUCAAAGAUGAUUCAACUGUUGUUCGGUUGCAAACUUUGGAAAUAAUGCACCAUAUGGCAAAGUCUGAUAAUCUACGGGUGCAAGAAACACAUAUACAUAUGUUCAUUGAUUGUCUGAUGGAUACCAGUUCCAGUUCCAUAAUUAGAUAUCAAGUUAGAAAGAUCUUUCAGUUAGUGAAGUUACCUGUUCCAGAGAUGUUUGCAUGUUUAAUCCGUGGCCUUGUAACUAAUUUGGAAAAAUACCCACAGGAUGAAGAUGAUAUCUGCUCUGUUUUGUUUAAUACUGGUAGAAGUAAUGGAAACUUUACAGUAAGCUUUUUGAAGGAUGUUGCUCAUGAGAUAGAACCUUCCUGUGAAGGGGAUUUUAGAUUUGAUAGAGCAAGAGUGACUGCAUUGUUAGUGUUAGCCAUCUCAGUACCACUUUCACAUGAACGGCAUAUUGGCACUAUCCCUCCAAGAAUAUUUUGUUAUGCGAUUCCCUUGAUCGGGAGGAUAUCUCGCAUUUUGGGUGAUGAAUUAGAUCAGGAAGCUCUUUUCGGAUACUUAUCUUACUGCAGUGGAUCCUUCAAUUUUGUUGAUAAAGAAUUGAGCUAUAGAGAGGAUGAGUCCAUAGCGCCUGGGGUCAAAGAAGGGCAUGUGGCAACUUUAUUUGACAAACAUCAACAGAAGCUGACCACCACACAUGAGGAAGCAACAGAUGCCGUGAAAGUGAUUCUAAAAACAGUUGCAGAAAGCUGGCCACUGAUACAUGCAGGAUGCACCGGUGAAGUACUAAAGACAUUGAGGGGAUGCAAGGAGGAGCUAAUAACAAUUGCCAUAGACUCACUUGAAUCUAUCGGAAUGUUGGCCUUUUCGUCUCAAUAUAUUCAGGUAAUCAAACAGCUGGCAAAGGCAUGCGAGCAUUUUCUUCCAUCAAAAAAGCUCCGAUUUUGUAGAAUGGAGAGGUUGAAUCUUUUAUUGGAAAAACUAGAUGCAAGUCUUAGAGAGUUGAGGUACAGUUUCUCAGGAUUGACUAAAAAGGAAGAAUUGCAUGUCUUAGAACUGGUGCUAUUCAGUUGUGCAAUGAGAUUGUCCAAGGUUGAAGUAUGCUGUCACCAAACUACUUUGAAGAGAAUGAAUGGUACAAUCUCGCGUGUGGAACUUCUUUGUAGGGAAGGAUCCACUGAACCUUCUGAAUUCGUUAAAGAAGUACAGAAAUCAUUUUCUCAAGCAGGCACCUUCAUUGAUGAAUCUUCUUUUGAUCCAUUCCUAUUUAAGAGGUCACUUGAGUUCUUCUCCUUUAAGCAGGUCGAGAUACACGGAAGAUUCAAGCACAUAAAGGCUGAAGUGGAUGUCCCUCAUAAUGACUCUGAAAACCCUCUUACCUUCAUUUCAGGUCUUCCGGUGGGUGUCACAUUCCAGAUUUCUUUGUAUAAUUCUGCUUGGGAGGACAGGUUGUGGUUGAAAAUGGCUGUGGGUGAGUACACUCAGUAUGCAUAUUUGGACUUGAUCCAGUUUGAAGGUUGUGAUGAGGUCAGAACAACCACCUUAACCGUACCCUUGUACAAAACUCCAAAAGUAAUUUCUUUCGUAUUGAAGGCAUGUAUAGGUAGAGAAUGUUUAUUUGAUGAUGUUGAGUUCAUGAAGGGUCAGCCAGGGCCAAAACAUGAUCUUGCAUUUCUUUGCAAGGAAAAAGAAGUAUAUCUGCUCAAUGGUAGUUAAGGGAUAUUUAGGUGGGACAUUUGAAAUGUGGAUGGCACGAAAAUGUAAGUCCACAUUUCCAGGCAGGAAAAUGAAGUUUCGCCGGUGGAACGCGCUGAACAUUUGAUGGUGGGUGGGUGGGUGGGGGAGGGGGGGGGAGAGGGGGUGUUGGCCAUCCA